AUGACGGGUUUUUAUACGAUGACGCUGAGGCGCCGUGAGGACACGGAGCCGGGGGCGGCCGCUUCCCGCACCCUCCCCGCCGGGGACAUUCCCGGCCGCGCUCCCUCGCGCCGGGAUGGGGUCACGGUGCCCCCCGAGGGGCAGGGGCGGCUCCGGCCACCGCUCACCCCGCUUUGGGCCGCGCUCUGCCCCCAGGGCAGCAGGCAGCUGCAGGAGAAGUCGCUGAAAAUCUCCUCCACGCUCUACGUGGGCAACUUGUCCUUCUACACCACCGAGGAGCAGAUUCAGGAGCUCUUCUCCAAGUGCGGCGACGUCAAGAGGAUCGUCAUGGGGCUGGACAAGAUCAAGAAAACUCCCUGCGGCUUCUGCUUCGUCGAAUACUACACGAGAGCAGAUGCUGAACACGCCAUGCGAUUUAUCAACGGCACUCGGCUAGAUGACCGCAUCAUCCGGACGGACUGGGACGCAGGAUUUAAGGAAGGGCGACAGUAUGGGAGAGGAAAGACCGGAGGACAGGUGCGAGAUGAAUACCGGACAGACUACGACAUGGGAAGAGGCGGCUUUGGCAAGAUCAUUCAGAUGCAGAAGGCAAAUCAUCAGCCUGCAAUCUAUUAAUUGCCUCGUGGGUCCUAGCUCGUAGGAGCUAGCCCUGCACUUGCAUUUUGGAUUGGGGUAGGGAGUGAGAUACAAGUUCCAGCAAAAGGUGACUCUCCUUAGACUGUGGAUAUACAUGUGUUCAUUCCCCCUUCCUUCUGGGCUAGAGAGGAUGUUCUGUGCUGAUACAGGGCAACAAGGGAAAAAACGGACAGCUCUGCAGGAUUCCUGGUGAGAAGAG